UAGUUAAAACAUCGUGCAACCAGCGGUUUUUACAGAACAAAGAGGAAACUAAGGCCAGAACUUCUGGAAAGCACAUAUAAAUAGAGAUAGCCUACUAGUGAAAUCAAAUAAAAGGAUACUAUUUUGUAAAUAUAUUCGGAACGUUUACAAAUCAGAAGAUUCAUACCAGUGUAUUCUCGAUCUAUGUUAUAUGGUUUAAGAUAUAUAUAUAUAUAACAUUAUACAAGUAUGACAUAUAAAAUAACUAUGACAAUUUUAAGUACGGUUUUAUUGACAUUAUUUCAUGUUUCGACUGUAAUACUACACCCGUCGAGACCAACGUUACCUUUGUGUUCUGAAGAAAAGGGAAAAGGAAGAGAAAUUCAACUACACUGUAUAGUAUUUGCGGGACAAUAUCUGGACUUUGAUGAGAUACGCGCAUUUACAAGUUCGAGGCUUGACAGUGAGAAAUUCAACGUAUCUAUUAAUUGCUUCAAUGGCGGAAAAAUUCGUUUACCAUGGCCAUUUUUCGCCAAUAAUGUGGUAACUCUUCACGUUACAGACUGUAUAAAUGAAGGCUUUCUUUCUGAAAGAUCUUAUCCUCAAAUACAUCCGAACGAGCUCCAGCAGGUUGUAGUGUCAAAUGUAAAGAACAAAAUUGAGAUUAGAGACCUCGUAGAAACUGUACGUCACUUAAACAAUAUUUCAUCUCAUUUCGACUGCGGACAGACAAAUGCAUCUGUAUUAAUUUUGAGAAACAUGGAAUAUAUAUUCCCACCGCUGAAAGGAACGAUGGACGAGCUUUUAGUUCUGGAAGAACUAAUGUCUUCAGUGGCUAUAAAACACCUUUUAUCACAUAACUCGUUUUGUCGAUAUAAUAAACUACGAUACUUAGAAGAAAGCGGAAGUCGAAGUUUUUCAGCUUUCCAUAUGAAAUUAAUGGAGACCAGCCAGUACCCACGGCUUGGAGUCUAUUCUCUACGUAACAACAGUCUGACGUCAGUUCCGGUGGAACUUGAAAACAUGCGAUCAAGCUUCCUUCCAAAAUUAUCCAUCCUUGACCUAGCUGAUAACGAAAUAACUGUAACAAAUUUUAUGUUUUCGGGGCAAAACAAAAAUAACUUACUGAUAAACUUGAAAAGGAACCAAAUAAAAACAAUCAGUAAAAAUCAGCUGACUGAGAUUCUGAAGUCAAAAGGUGUUAUUUUUGAUAUUCGUGACAAUCCACUUCUUUGUUCAUGCGAACUGUUCAAAUAUGGCGACUAUUUGUCAAGCAUGGCUGGUGUUAAAAUUGCAAGAAACAUUUACCAGGAAACAAAGUGCCAAUAUGAACUAAACGGAAAAUUGCAACAAUAUUUGUUAUCGGCGGGAAAUAUUCGAGACAUAGUGUGCACAAUAUGAACAAUAACGGACGACAUAUCGUAUAGUUUCAUUCUUUAUUAAUUAAACCUAACACUGCCAAAUUGAUCAAUAAUAAUAAUAAUAAUAAUAAUAAUAAUAAUAAUAGUAGUAAUAAUAAUAAUAAUAAUAAUAAUAAUAAUAAUAAUAAUACAUCAACAACAAUAACAACAACAACAAUAACAACAACAACAACAACAACAACAACAACAACAACAACAACAACAACAACAACAACAACAACAACAACAACAAUAUCUUUAUCUAAAAAGGUACCAUUUCAUUUGUAUAGUCGAAAUCAAAAUGAUAGCAUUAACAUUAUAGAUUAAAAGGUCGAAAAGUUUAGUGUCUUGUUAAACUGCACAGUUGUCCAGUCUUGCCAAGCUCUAUUCUGGUUGCGAAGGUUUAGCAAUUUUUGCUUCAAAGUGUUUAAAGUGUUAUAGGCCAAAAACUUGUUUCCCAUCUACAUUUCUACAAAAAAAAGAAAAAAAGAAAAUGAUUUGCAGCAAUGUAAAUUCGUAAUAUACAUUGCUAACUUACUGGUGAUAUACACGGUUGCAUUAAGCGACCGUAUUUUUUUUAUCCACAUGUGUAACCAAAAGCAUAAUUAUAUAUAUUUUCUCACAAAAUAUAAAAAGCAUUAUAGUAGGUGUAUUUAAAUUAACUAUAUUGAACAUGGAAUCCAGUUCUUAAAUUGCAUGAUUAUUAAUAUAUACUGCUAAAAUAUAGGUUUUGUCCUCUUUUAUGCAAUAUGUUUCAUUUGUCAUCUAAUUAUAUCAUGUGAUUUUAUAUAAUAUUCAAUUAUUUUACAACUUAUAUAUUUUAUUUAUAUAUUUAUAGUAAUAAAAUUAAAAUACAAUGCCGGUAUGUUUUGCUUAUUGCUACCUCAACACACAUGUCAUAUAAUUCCAGGUAAGUUGAAAUUCCCGGAAUAUGGAACUUUUAGUCCUUAUCUGUAUCAGCUUCCUUUAAUCUUAUUUUUCUGUUUCUAUUAUUCUCAUCCCAAUUUCAUUUCCAAUUUGAUAAGUUUUUCUUCCACAAAUAAAGAUCUAUUCUGAGACAAUCUUUUCUCGGCACCUGGGAUCUUCGUUCACAAUUAUUUCAGUCACUUAUGAGUUGUUCGUCGCCAUUCACAAUAACAACAACAACAACAACAAAAACAUAUACCCUACCCCAGCCUAGAUAAGCAUCAAUUUACAACUACAACGCCUGUUUCAACUGUCCUUUUUUCGAGUUACAUUGAUAUUUUAAGUUCUCUAUCAUUGUUAAAAAUUUGUCUCGUAAAGGUUUCGUAAAU